CUCCACCAAGUAGCCCUCGCCGACUUAACUUCUGAAACUACGCCAAACAUGACACACAGUGGAUUAAGCUUAUUGGUCGGAAACCUCCAACCGCUCGUCCGGCUUUUAAGCCCAACCUCAUUCUCUACUCCAGACUCACCACAUCCCAACAUGCGCGCAUCCCUCCGCCUCGCACAAAUCGGCAAGGCCUUCGCCCUGCCGCCGCUCGGCAAGUCUUGGCCCGGCCCCGGGCCCUUCUUGUACGUGAAGUAUCACCGUGACAACUAUCCUGCGGGCAACGGCGCGCUGGGGCCGGACGCGGCGCUGCUGAAAGACCGCGUGCUGGGCAACGACUUCGCGGACAAAGACGGCUGGAACAUGUACAUGGGCACUUCGGUGCCGGGCUUCCCGGCGCACCCGCACCGGGGGAUGGAGACGGUGACGAUCGUGCGGGCCGGCAUGAUCGACCACGCGGACUCGACGGGGAGCGGCGCGCGCUACGCCGCCGGCGACGUGCAAUGGGUGACGGCCGGUGCGGGGGUGGUGCACUCGGAGAUGUUUCCUCUGUUGAAGACGGAGGGGGGAAACACGCUCGACAUCUACCAGCCCUGGCUGAACCUCGCGGCGGAGGACAAGGACGCCGACCCCGAGUUCGUCAUGCUGUGGGACGAGGCGAUUCCGCGCGUCGAACGCGACGGCGCAACAGUACAAGUUAUCGCGGGGGAGUUCUUCGGCGUCACGCCGCCUGCGCCGCCCAAGCGCUCAUGGGCCUCGCGGCCCACGUCCGACAUCGCGGCGUGGGUCGUGGAGAUGGCACCCGGCGCGAGCGUCACCUUGCCCCCAACGAACACGCCGCGCACAGAACGUACAGUGUACGUGCACGCGCCGGCGCCGGGCCCCGCGGGCCCCGAGGCCAGCGACGAGCCCGUGGCCGUCAACGUCGGCGGGGAGUGGGUGCGCGACUGGCACGCGGUCGCGCUGGCGCCGGGAUCGGGCGAGGUCGUGCUCCAGAACUCUGGGCGGGCUGCGCGCGUUCUCGUGCUCCAGAGCGUGCCGAUUGGCGAGCCCGUGGCUGUGCGUGGCCCGUUCGUCAUGAAUACCGAGCAGGAGAAUCUCGACGCAUUCGCGGUCUAUCGCAAGACCAAGUUUGGCGGGUUUCCACACCCGUCGGAUAAGCCGACGUAUGGCGACGCGCCUCGCUUUGCGGUGUAUCGUGGCGGAAGGCGUGAGGAGCCCGGCAAGAAGUUCGCUAAGGCGGUUUAGUGCAUAGCGGCUGUAGAUAGGUAUGUAGAGCUAGCAUUGUAUCACGCAUGUCCUAGAC